AAAAAAUUGUGCUGUGUAAAGUGUAAACUAACUAUCAAAUUGAACUAUUGAUGAUUGAAGUGCAAUGGCAAAAAGUUCAGGUGAUUGUAAUUGUAAAACCCUAAAACCAAAACCCUCUCUGAGGCUGCAGCGAACUACGUUGUUGGUUACUGGGUAAGCUGAAACAGGAAGUCACCGUUACUGCCACUGCGUGCAAUGUGGUUCGUCUUUCUCUGGUCGCAGAACAAGUCUGUUCUGAGAGCACACUCCCUAUCCAAACAACGUCACCACCUGAAUCAGCUAAGAAAUUUUGUAGAUGGCAGCGGCACCAUCAAAUUGGUCCGAGAUCGUGGUCUGGACCAUGCCGUUGAGAAGGAGAAGAACCUUCAGCCAUUGAUCAAUCUCAAGAACUUCAUCAAGGGUGAGCCUUCGAAGUCUACUCCCAUCUCUGUUAUUGCUGGGAACAGGGAGCGCCUUAAAAUUCCUUAUCGCCCCAUCGACUUUAUCCGACAAUAUCCUUCCUUCUUUGAGGAAUUUCUUCCUGGUGGAAUUGGGAUUCACCCUCACAUCCGGCUCACUCCUGAAGUCCUCAACCUCGAUGCUGAAGAGCAGUUAAUGUAUCAGAGCGAUAGCUAUAAACAACAGGUUGCGGAUAGGCUUUUGAAACUGUUGAUGAUAUCAAGAAUCCAUAAAAUCCCGUUACCAAUCAUUGAACACUUAAAAUGGGAUCUGGGUCUUCCACAGGAUUAUAUUCAGAGUAUAAUCCCUGAGUUUCCUGAUUAUUUUCGGAUUGUGGGUAGAAAAGAUCACGCAUUCGGUUCGGAGAAUAAGCAGGCUCUAGAGUUGGUUUGUUGGAGCAAUGAACUGGCAACUUCGGUUAUGGAGAAGAAGGUGGUCAUGAAUGGGGAAAUGAGUAAUGCAGAGGGAAAACCAAUAGCGUUCCCUCUGCAAUUCUCUACGGGUUUUGAGAUGGAUAAAAAGUAUAAGAAGUGGUUGAAUGACUGGCAGAAGUUGCCAUAUAUAUCUCCAUAUGAAAAUGCAUCUCAUCUUUUGCCCAAGAGUGAUGAAUCUGAUAAGUGGGUCGUCGCUGUUUUGCAUGAAAUUCUUCAUAUUUUAGUUCCAAAAAAGACAGAGAAAGAAAAUUUACUGCUUCUUGGAGAGUACCUGGGUCUCAGAUCAAGAUUUAAGAGAGCAAUGCUUCAACACCCUGGUAUAUUCUAUCUCUCGCAUAAAAUUGGAACCUACACAGUGGUUUUGAGAGAGGGUUACAAAAGGGGUUUUCUGAUUGAGCGUCAUCCACUGAUGACUCUGAGAGGUCAGUAUGUUCACCUCAUAACUACCACUGUGGAAGAUAGCGAUACAGCUAAGGCACAGGGCAAAAGCACCCAACAAGAAUCGAACGGCAAGAAGUUUGAUAGAAAAGCAGAGGUUGUUGAGAACAGUGGAGAGGAGCACAAAGGGGAGAUAUGUGAGCCCUCCAAUGCUGAAGUUGAAGAGGUUAGUGACACUGAUGAUGUUGAUAACGAUGAAGGGCACUCUCAUAGGGGAAGUCAUAAAACCUCCCCAAAUGAUAGAGCUGGAAUAGUCCAGAAAGGAAAAUCUUUGAGGAAUUCUCGAAGAGAAAGUUCAGUUGAACGGAUUCAACUUAAAACCAUGAAAAAAGCUCCAAAAGAAGUUUCAAAAAGAGUGCAAAUGCAUGAUAGACAUAAAGAUGUUGAGAGUUCACAACAGAGAUCAAAAUCACCUAUAAGCAGGGCGAAGUUAACUAGCGAGAAAACCCCACUUAGUAAAAGAGGAAGAAGAAAAUCUGUUCAGGAAGCUAACACAUAGGCAGGGCUUUUGAUCUAUCUAAAGGAAAGGAGGUUUGAAGCUUAGGAUCAAAUCUAUAGCGCUCGAGAAUUUUAGGAGAGAAAGUAAUGGGCGAAAAAGAUGCCAAACACUGCCAGAGAGUUUUCUUCUUGUCAAAAAACUGGUAAAUGGUAAUUCAAGUAACUCGUUCAUUCACAGAUGGUGUCUCCUCCAUCGUUAUUCAGUUCUUCAUUUUUAAUGAUUUAUCUACUAGGAUAUGUUGCUGAUAUCGGAGGUAAUCAAACGCACUGAUGUUGGGGAUUUUUUUUACUCAAUUAAUGCAAAUAGGACACAUGCAAUGUCAUUAUUAGAAAUCCUAUUACCAGAAUCUAAGGGGAAUAAUGGGGAAUACUACUGAUGACAUGUUGGAGUAUGAACAAAUUCAUGGGAUGAAUGAGGAGAAAUAUUGAAGUGGAGUUAAAAUAGCACAUUGAGAGCCACAAGUGGUUGAUUAAAUAAUUCCCAAUUUUAUCGACAAGCAUCCAUUUGGGGUUUCAUUUUUUUUCCCCUGAUCAUGUAUCUGUAGAAACUCUGAUUCCAAGUUCUGAGCCUAAUUAAUUUUGCUGGUAGAAGUUGGUUCAGUUGGUGAAGAUGUGAUCUAUACAACAUAAUGACAUGAGUUCGAAUGUAGCUAUCAAUAUGAGGGUCUUACUGGUGAGUACUUCAUAGGUACUUCUGUAAAAACUUUUUGAGCAAUGUGCCCUACUCUAAUUUUAAUGAGCCUCUAGGAUUCAGUUCAUUUAAACUUCCAAUCUCGCCUAAAAAAUGAGAGAGAAUCCUUAGCUUGGGUGAUGACAUGUAGGUUCUGGUCAUGUGAGAUGCUCCCUCGUAUGGACCCUGCAGCACAAUGUUCCUUGUUAGAGGUUAUUGAAUUUGAGACCUUAUCUACCCUCUUGUAGUCUGAGACAAUUCUGUUGUGCAUUUCUUGUACCUGUACAAUACUAUUAGUGCUCAGUGUUCUGCCAAGAAGAUAUUUUUCCCAAAUUCCAACAGUUUUUUUAUGUAUAUUUUUGCUGUACCAUUUUCUCAAAGAUCGAAUCCUCAGGGAAAAUCUUACUCCUUGAAAGUAAUAAACUUCUUCCCUUCGCAUUUA